AUGGAAACGAACGAACAAGUAAAAAGUUUCACUCCGGAAGACGAAGACGAUCAGAGUUGGCGAAGAAUGGGGUUCGGUUCCAGAGUAAAAUAUGUCUUCCGAAACAUCACCGUGGAACCGCUGUUGGCAUUCUUUCAGGUGUCGUCCGUCUUAUCGAGUUUGACCACACAGAAUCUCAACCUGCAAAAGGCAUGCAGGGUAAAUCUAAAGAUGGACGACUACGUCUGUCAUGGAUUGGAAAACAAGAACAUGUCGUUAUACGCCGAUCAAGAAGUCCAAGUGCAGCAGCUGGUCGCGGACAUGCUCAUUUGGCAAACGAUGAUUCAGAGCAGCAUACCGUGUAUACUGGUCAUAUUCAUCGGGUCGUGGAGUGAUCGAAACAAAAAACGCAAACCGUGUAUGCUCGUCCCAGUUAUCGGUGAAAUCGUCAGAAACAUUGGCUUGUUACUUUGCGUGUUCUACUUUGACGAGCUGAGGAUGGAGGUGGCCGGUCUAGUGGAAUCGAUACCCACGUCCAUGGCCGGUGGACUUACCGUUCUAUACCUGGCCGCAUUUUCUUAUAUAGGGGACAUAAGCUCCCUGAAAAACCGAACUCUCAGGGUAGGUUUAAUGAAUUUAUUCUUUGGAGUGGCUUGGCCAGUCGGUGCUGCACUUUCCGGUGUUUUGUAUCAAAAAAUAGGAUUCUUCGGAGUGUACUAUAUCUCUACAGCGUUGUACAUAAUAGCUUUUAUCUACGGCUCAGUCAACAUCAAAGAAAAUCCAGGGCCGUUAGAACUAAAAGAGCCUACGCAGACGUCUAAACCUUGCAUGCAUCUCGUGGUCGAUUUUUUCAAUCUAAAACAUAUCAAAGAAUCAUUUCAAACAACGUUCAAAAAAGGACCGAGAAGAAGAUGGACGAAAAUUCUUAUGCUGAUGUUUACAAUAGUUCUCAUCCAAGGGCCUUCACAUGGAGAAUCUGGAAUCGCCUACUUUUACACGAGAGUUCGUUUCAAUUGGAAUGAAUUGGACUACAGUUUAUUCUCGACAUUGUUAUUUAUUGCAAACAUUGUAGGUGUUGGAUUCGCGAUAGGAGUUUUAAGCCACUUAUUGAAACUAGAUGACGCACUCAUUGGAGUGAUCGCUUGCCUCAGUAAAGUAUUCGCUGGAUUAGUAUUUGCAUUUGCACCUUCAGAAUUCUAUUUUUACAUGGGUGCUCUGGUUGAUGUAAUGAGUGGUACUACAUAUAUAGUAAUGAGAUCGAUUCUCUCAAAGAUCGUACCUCAUGCUGAACUUGGUCAAGUAUCAGCAAUAAUGGCAGUCAUUGAAACAAUAGUGCCUGUUGUGUACAAACCUUUGUACAGUGCAAUAUACAGAGCUACUCUGACCACGUUUCCAGGAACAUUUUACGUGAUUAGUUCGAUAAUGCUCACACCAGCCAUAUUUGUAUAUUGGUGGAUGUAUCGUAUAAAUAACCAGGAAGAUAAGAAAACACGUACUGUCGAAGAAAUCAAAUCAAAUGAUAAUCUUGCCUUUGAAAUUAAUUGA